CAAACGAGGAUUCAGUGUCCGAUCCUUUGGAACAGGGACUCAUGUGAAACUGCCAGGACCAGCACCGGACAAGCCGAAUGUUUAUGAUUUCAAAACAACAUAUGAUCAGAUGUACAAUGAUCUACUUAGGAAAGACAAAGAACUAUACACACAGAAUGGGAUUUUACACAUGUUGGACAGAAAUAAGAGAAUCAAGCCACGACCAGAAAGAUUCCAGAACUGCAAAGACGUUUUUGAUUUGAUCCUAACGUGUGAAGAAAGAGUCUAUGAUCAAGUAGUAGAAGAUUUAAAUUCCAGAGAGCAGGAGACAUGUCAGCCAGUACAUGUGAUCAAUGUGGACAUUCAGGAUAACCAUGAGGAGGCAACCCUGGGUGCUUUCCUUAUCUGUGAGCUCUGCCAGUGUAUACAGCACACAGAAGACAUGGAAAAUGAAAUAGAUGAGCUGUUACAGGAAUUUGAAGAGAAAAGUGGAAGGACUUUUCUUCAUACUGUCUGCUUUUAUUAAAGCACAUCUGUCUCUUAGGCCUUAAUACAGAUGAGGGAAGCAUGUGUUUAAAGUUCUGAUUAUACUGUAUUUUCCUGGAAAAUGAAUAUUGAUCUUUUUUUGUUUAAAAACUCCUUUUCAGUGUCUUUUUGUUUUGUUUCGGGUAUUCUGUCACAGGUAGGCAGAGAUACUGGUUGGGCUUGUACAUAUGAGAUGAUUAAAAGUAUACACAAAGGCCACCUAUUUAAAAAUGAAAAUCAAGUUUUUUUCUUUAAAUCCUACUUUAAUUAUUACAAGUAGGUUUUUAAUUAUAAAGAGAAUGUUUCUUGAAUAUAAGUUUAUAAUGUAUUUUUCCAGCUUACAAAUUUAUUUUAUUUCAGUUGUGCUUUUUUUUUAUUUUAACGUGACAGAAUGGCUGAACUACGUGAGGAUAUGAAUGGAACAAUGAAAAACGAGUAUCUGUAUAUUAUUAGAUAUAAAGUUGGAAGCAUCCAAUAAAA